AUGAGUUUACAGUAUGGAAUUGGAGAAUCGACCGUAAGAGGAAUCCUGCAACAAAAAGAUAAACUGGCACAAUUUGCCUCUGUAACGAACAUUUCAACAUUCAUGAAAAAAAGAAAGACUAUGAAAACCAGCACUUAUGAAGAAUUGGAUGCGGCGUUACUCAAAUGGGUGAACCAAUUAAGAAGCAAAGGUACUCCCAUAUCCGGACCAAUAAUUGCUGCUAAAGCUAAGCAAUUUUUUGAAAAGCUUCAAAUUGAAGGGACAUUUGAUGCGUCUUCAGGAUGGCUGUCAAGAUUUAAAAAUCGUCACGGUAUUAGAGAAAUCGGAGUUUACGGAGAAAAACUAAGUUCUGACAAAGAAGCUGCAGAAAACUUCAAGAAGGAAUUUAAACAGUUUUUAAUGAAAGAAAAUCUUUCUUAUGAACAGGUGUACAACGCAGACGAGUCUGGUCUUAAUUGGAAGUGCCUACCAACUCGAACUUUGGCUUUUGAAAAAGAACGUCAAGCGCCACGUCAUAAAUCUAGUAAAGAAUGA